CAGCCUUCCAUUCCAUUCUCAAUAUUACAAUUGAUUCUCCCUCCCUCCUCCCUCCCUCCAUCCAUCACUAUUACUGGCAUUGUUUGUUACUGCUCCUCUAUUCCUCUUCCUACAUCUCCUGCAGUGAGUGCGGCAACCUUCAAGCAUGUCUGCUGCUCCGCGCCGCAAUGGCCAGCCACCACCGCCAUGCGAACCGUGCCGCAAGUCCAAAAUGCGCUGCGACAAUGUAAUCCCCGCCUGCCAGAAUUGCAUCCGUCGAGGCAAGGCCGAGAACUGUGUGUAUCCCGCCCCUCCCGCCACGCGCACCUGGUACUCGGACAAUGCUCCGUCGCCGACCGCGUCUCCGCGCUCGCAGGGCCGCCCGGACUCCUUCACCCAAGGUGGCCGGUCAACCCCCAACGGGGACGAGAAACUAGCCGCCAUGGGUCUUCCCACCACCGCCACCACCGCCAACAACAACAAUAGCUCGGCCAUGUUCAGUGAGAUGGAGGACCAGUUUCGGGGGUCCAUGUACCUCGAUGCUUCCUCCGCGGGCCGGGCCGAGCCUGCCACCACGCCGGAUCCGAGGCAGGUCCAGAUGGGCGCCCGACUGCUCACCUUGCUGUUCGAGAACCUGCCCCUGUAUGAGCGUUUGGCGGAGACCUCGCUGGAUGUGUGGCCCGAGGGGUGCAUCCUGGGUCACCGGCUCAUCACGGGGAUGUUUGAGGCCCUCGAGGAUAUCCUGGAGGCCUUAACUUCUGACCCCAGCUACGUCAAGGAUCGCCAUUCGACGAUGCUGCGGUGGGCGCAGAAGAUCUUCGACGACAGCGCCAAGCCCCUGACGGUGCAUGCGGCCACCACCCCGGAGGACUAUAUCCGGCGGAUCUCCUCCCGGUGGGAGGGCAUUGGGCUGGUGUACUCGAUCGUCGGGCAGGGCGCCAUGCUGGAGCGCGAUUGGCGGUCCAUCCGCGAGCGCGAACGCAAUGCGCCCCGUGAUCAGAAGUUGUUGGCGGCCCAGGCAGUCUCGGCGAGUGAUGCCUGUCUGCAGUUCUGUGAUACCUUUGGCGCGGUGGAUGAUUCGCUGGGCUGGUUGUUGUUCCAGCAUCUUCAUCUCUUGACCUUGGUUUACGGUGAAAAUGAUCCUCGAGCGUGGAGGAAGCUGGCCGAGCUUGCGACAGUGGCUUUCACUCUCGGUUCCAAUCAAUCAGAGAAGGACACGAGGACCCCCUUCUUCGUGGUCGAGCUUCGCAAACGUCUGGUUGCGGGCGCAUACAGCAUCGACAAACAGCUGGCCACCUCCUUGGGCAGACCCCCCCAGAUCAGCUGGCGCUACUAUGACGUCCAGUUCCCGCUCGACCUGAGCUAUGAUGAGAUUCUAGCCGAGCCGAAGAUCCGCGAGGCGGCCAUCAGCAAGCUGGACAAGACGGGAUGGAAUACCCAGGGAGUCGUGGGGAAGUCCGCGUGGCUUCGGAUUGCGCUGCUCAUUGGCUCGACGAGGGAGCAGAUUCUGGAAUUGUCGCUCAGUCGCCGUAUUGACGAUUUGUCUCGCAAGGUUCAGGAGGUGUCUCAGCAAUCUCACAAAACUUGGAACGAGCUGCCCGGCUUCCUUCGCUGGCGGCCUGGCUCUCCCGACCCGAACGGUUCGAGCAGUGUUCUUUUGCCUCUGUACUUGAACUUCCUCUACAAUGACUUCCUCCUUUACCGGGUUUUGGUGAAGCGGACCCAAAGCGGUGGGGAGGGCUUGAUCAGCGUGUCACAAAACAUACUGAGCACCAUUCUCGAGCUCAUUGGGAAGGAAAUUGGGUCUAGGGCUGGCACCUAUAAUGUCGGAUGGAAUGCAUCGUCCUUUGGUCUUCCUGCAGCCGGAGUCUUAGCUAUCGAGCUCCUCCGUCAAUCCGAAGCCCAAUCUCAGGUCCAAGCCACCCCGUUCCGCCGAUCGGAGGUUAUCCAGAAACUCACUGUCUUCGCCUCUCAUCUCCAAUACGUCGUCCGCCCGCAUGAUGGCAUGUACGAUGUCUGCCAGCGUGCACGGAAGGUCAUCUCCAACAUUCUGGAUCGGGUCCUCACGGUCAACGCAUCCCCGAUGCCUGCCACCUUGCCCGCCGAUGUUCUGGCAACCAACUGGCUGAACGGCGAAAAUGUGACCCUUGAUGACGGCACGGACUUGUACCGGUGGAUUGAGAAUCUCUAUCCGGAUACGGCUGCAUCCACGGCUUCCUGGGCUUGAGCCCGACACAGCCUCAUGAUAUGGAAAUGAUUGAUGAAAUAAGCCGAUGACCGUGGGCAGAUCCAGAUUCAGAUGUGUCUGUCACCUCCCACCCUACCAUGUUAUGACCAUAUACCCCUUCUAUGUGACCCGGGACACGCGAAAGUGUGCAGAUUGCCCUGUGAUGAGUAUGGAAGACGAGGUGCACUUCGCAUGCUCCAUAAUGCUGUAUUUCAGUUUGCCACCUGUUCUUUCCUUUCAGUUCCGUGGCAUUUUUUUGCUUCUUGCAAGCUUCUUCUGCGGCGAACAGGUAGCUAGAAUUGUAUUUGGGCAACAAUGAUUAUUUAUGCCAUGUAGCGUGUCA